GACGCGUUAAGCUCAAUAGGUGUUGCGCCGGUUAAGCUCAAAAAAGCUCCGAGUUUUUCAGCCUUAGAAUUUUAGUAAUAGGUAGUUUGCAAUGAUGCCACCACCCUGACACACCGACGUUCGUGAGUGUGACACUCCUAUUCCGUCGCGCUACUCUAAACGUCGAAAAAAAAAAUAAAUAAAUAUACAAAAUAUAAAUAAAACGACUUCGAAUUUAAAUUAACAAAAAAAUUGAAAAAAAAAAACACAAAAACAAAGGCCAAAUUAAUGAUAACAGUUAAUCAACAAUUUAUUAAGCAACAAUAAUAAAUCCUCGUUAAAAAAAAAGCUCAGUUAUUAAUUAAAUUAAUAAUAAUAAUAAAUAUUUUUAUUAUAAAAACGAAAUGAACGAAACAAGUGAAAUAAAAACAACGAAACAAAUAAUAGUUAAUAAAAAUUUUUUUAAAUAUAGUAAAAAUAUCGAGGUGAUUGAAAAAGAUAAAAAAAGAAAUAAUUUGUUACGAAGAUAAAGUUUAAUGUUAUUAAUUGCCAAAAAAAAAAAAAAAAAUUUUAAAUUAUAAAAAACACAAAUAAACAAACGACUUCAAUGGUACCUACAUGAUGAUUAUAAAAAAGAAAUUGGAAGGGUGUGUUUACCUAUAUACACCUAAAAAGUGAUGAACAAAAAAAAAUUAAUAAAUAAAGGUAAAAGUAAAAUAAUCAUUGUGAAAAAAUGACAGAGGGUGACAGUAAAUUUUUAGUGAUAGUGAAACAGACGCGGGUAUUUUAGUGGUAUCUUUUUUUUUUUUUUUAUUUUUUUUUUCAACGUUAAAAUAAAAAAAAAAAAAAAAUGCAGCAAGAGCAACAGCAAACUGUUGGUCAACAACAAAAUGUGCAAACAUCACCAAAUGGUAUGGCAAUUGUUGGUGGUGGUGGUCAACAAAUGAAUCAAAUAAUUGGUCCUGGUUCAUCAGUGAGUCCAGCAAGUGGUACAACUGCAAUGACAAAUAGACCACAAGUUAACGGUGGUAGAUUUGAUUUUGAUGAUGGUGGUACAUAUUGUGGUGGAUGGGAAGAAGGCAAAGCACAUGGUCAUGGUGUUUGUACUGGACCAAAAGGACAAGGUGCUUAUUCUGGCUCAUGGCAUUAUGGCUUUGAAGUAUCAGGUGUCUACACAUGGCCAAGUGGCUCGGCAUACGAGGGACAAUGGCAAAAUGGGAAGAGACACGGUUUGGGAAUGGAAACACGAGGCAGAUGGUUAUAUCGGGGUGAAUGGACUCAGGGGUUUAAGGGACGUUAUGGUGUACGACAAUCAACAACAUCAACUGCUAGAUAUGAAGGAACAUGGGCAAGUGGUCUACAAGAUGGUUAUGGAUCUGAAACUUAUGCUGAUAGUGGUAAGAUAUUUUAAAUGUUAUUCGAAAAAGAAAUUAACAAAAAAUAAAAAGUAUACAUUUUUUCUUAUGAAAUUUAUAUUUUAUUGAUCAUGUGUUUAUAUUUUAUUAGUCAUGUUUUAUUUAUACUUGAAAAAUAACAUGUACAUAGAUUUAUUAUUUGUCGGUAAUUUUAAAAUAUUUUAGUAACACAUUGCCUUCAAUAUCUAAUCAUCAAAUUAUGAUCGUUAAAUUAAAAUUACAAAUUAUUGAUUUUUUAUUUGUUCUGUUUUUUUUUUAUUUUUGUUUUCAAUUUAUUUUGUUUAUAUUUAUAUAUACUUUUUUUUUAUUAUUAUGAAUUUUAAUGUGCGUUAUUGGGUUGUUGAUUUUAAUGAAAAUAUUGAUGGCCUAUGUUGAUAAGUAGAUACUUACGUAUUGGGUCAGACAAAUACGCUUGG